GUGUUGGAGUGGGUACCACCGGGACAAACGAUCGAGGAUUGCCUUAUGAAGGGCAAAAGUCGGCUGGAAUGCCACAAUUAUAUUCGAGUUAUGGUACGACAGUCCAAUGGACGUAGCCUUAUUUGUGGCACUCACGCAUACUCGCCCAAAUGUCGGGAAUACGCUUAUUCGGAUGAUGAUCGCAUGCUGCAACAAAGACGACAGUUCGAUGGGCAGGCAAUUGCACCUUACGACCCAAAACACAAUUCUACCGCAGUUUACAUCGCUGAUGCCAAUGAAAUCUAUACGGGAACAGUGUCAGAUUUUGCUGGCAACGAUCCACUUAUUUACAGGAAAAGGUUAUCAGAUGAUGAAGGACUGAGAACACAACGCGAUGACCUUAAAGUUCUCGACUCACCGAAUUUCGUGGCAUCAUUUGUUUACGGCGAUCAUGUUUAUUUUUGGUAUCGCGAAUUGGCUGCUGAAGCUAACGAUGGCGAUCGACAAAUCUACGCUAGAGUUGCGAGGGUUUGUAAAAGUGAUCGUGGCGGUGCCCGUCCAGCCCACGAACGUUGGACGUCAUUUGUGAAAGCACGACUGAACUGUUCCAUUCCGGCAAAUACGCCAUUUUACUUCAACGAAUUACAAGCGGUAACCGAACCGGUAACAACAACCGACGGUUCCUCUUACGUAUACGCUGUUUUUUCAACAGCCGAAAGCACCGUCCGAAUGUCAGCUGUAUGUGCAUACCGAAUGGAGACUAUCAAGCGGGUUUUUGACUAUGGACAUUUUAAAAUUCAAAAAACCGCUCAAAGCUUUUGGGUACCUUAUAGACCGCACGAAAAUAUACCUAUGCCAAGACCUGGUUCGUGCGUUGCGGAUUCCUCAAAGUUGUCGGAAAAUAUUGUUUCGUUCAUCGCACGCAACCCACUAAUGCAUGAAGUGGUCCCUGCAGUACGUUCAAGACCGAUCCUUGUCCAAGGACCCGAACGUGCGUCACUCACGCAAAUCGCCGUUUUACCAAAAGUUCACUCAGUUAAGAAAGGGAUAACAUAUAACGCCUUGUACAUUGGUACCUCGGAUGGACGUGUCCUGAAGCUCUAUGACCUUCGGGAUGGUCCUACGACAGUUGUUCAAUCAGUAAAAGUGUUCUCCAAAAAUUUGCCAAUUAUUAACUUGAUGGCCAUCAACGACCAGUUGAUUGUGGUCAGUUCAGACGAAAUAGCGGCAAUUCCACUGGAAUACUGUUCAGAACAACGAAACUGUGCAGGUUGCGUGCAUUUGCAAGAUGCACAUUGUGCAUGGGAUUUAGAUAGUGCGCGUUGUAUUGGCCGAAACACAUGGUCAGGGGAAAAUUUCGUCCAAAAUAUAGUUCUGGGACAGUCGGAACAGUGUCCUGAAGGUGCUGUGGAUCCCGACUACUAUGCGAUUGAUGAGUUGCAAUCGGAACGGGUCAUUUCAACGGAGGAGAAAGGAAAUAAUUUGAGCAGUGAACGACUUGUCAUAGCUGUACUGAUAACGAUGGCUAUUGCCUCCUCCUGUGGCUUCUUUGCUGGCUAUCGGUUGUCCAGAUGGAGAUUAAUACAGGAUGGUCAGCCUCACUCAUCCACUUCUUCCACAGGAAGUUACGAUUCGUAUGGGCGUGCUCGGCUGACACGUCAUGAUUCCUUGGCUGGUGCCAAAUUGGAGCAUGUCUAUGGUGCAGGACCUGGAAAGGAUACAGUGUCGUUGGUUUCCGGCAUACCGCAGAGUGGGCCACUAUUUUCGAACUCCGGUAUCAACAUCAAUUCCGGUUUUGCAACACCUAAACUUUCUGCAGAAAAAAAUUACAUAACAUAUUUGAAUAACAGUACGCUACCACGGGACUAUAAAGUUAAAAAAGUUUAUUUAUAG